AUGGUCGAAGACGACCAAGAUUUGGAUCGAGCCGCCAUAAGUGGAUGGAUCCAACUAAUUAUUUGCUUAAUUGGCAACGCCAACACUGAGAUGGCCACGGAGCGUCGCAAAGCAAUUCUAUUGAAAAUAGAGCCCAAGCUGAUAAAUAUGGCUCUGAAUGAGCCAG